CGCGCCGGCGAGACCGCGAGAGCGGCGCCCGCCCCGGCAGGGCGAGGGAAGGCGGCGCAGCCCGCGGGCAGGAAUCUGGAUGAGGACGUGUGUGCGGGCGAGGCAGCCCCUCGGGCAUGAAGGGGACCGCGGGAACGCUGUCCUGCCCUGCAGCCGAGCGGGGACAUCAGGAAGACAGCUGCCUUCAGAUGAUACAGAACUCACUGACAGUUGCUCUUGCUUCAGUCCUACUUCAUGAGAACUUCAGAAGUUGCUAACUGAGCAGAUGGUACGUGAACAAUACACGACAACGACACCAGGCACGAGCCUAGAAAGGCCGAAGAAUGAAUACAUCUACAAAAUUGGAAUUUAUGGCUGGAGAAAGCGUUGUCUCUACCUGUUUGUUCUCCUCCUGCUUAUCAUCCUAGUUGUGAAUUUUUCUUUGACGAUUUGGAUUCUUAAAGUGAUGUGGUUUUCCCCAACUGGAAUGGGACACCUGCGAGUUACGAAAGAAGGCCUUCGACUGGAAGGGGAAUCUGAAUUCCUGUUCCCUCUUUAUGCCAAAGAAAUCCAUUCGAGAGUGGACUCAUCACUGCUUCUCCAGUCUACUCACAAUGUGACCGUGAAUGCUCGCAAUUCAAACGGGGAAGUCACAGGCAGAUUAAAUGUGGGUCCUAAAAUGGUAGAAUUCCACAGUCAGCAAUUUCAGAUCAAUUCAAAGGAUGGAAAGCCACUCUUUACAGUGGAUGAAAAUGAAGUUGUAAUUGGCACAGAUAAGCUUCGAGUCACAGGGCCUGAAGGAGCACUUUUUGAACAUUCUGUAGAAACACCACUUGUGAAAGCAGAAGCUUUUAAACAGCUUAGGCUGGAAUCACCAACUCGAUCUUUGAGCAUGGAUGCACCACGAGGAAUUAAUAUCAAAGCACAAGCUGGGAAUAUUGAAGCUCUUUCCCAGAUGGAUAUCAAACUACACAGCAGUGAUGGCGUGCUUCUGCUUGAUGCUGAAACUGUUCGACUGCCCAAGCUGCCUGAGGGUGCGAGGGGUGGAUCCGGGAUUUCUCAGGGGCUCUAUGAAAUCUGUGUGUGUCCAGAUGGAAAGCUCUACUUGUCAGUGGCCGGCGUGGGCUCUACUUGCCAAGAGUACAGCCGAGUCUGCCAGUGAGGCACCCGAAAUGGCCGCGCACCCCCUUGCGCAUCUGAGUUUUGUAUCACUCCUACCGGGCGUUACUGAAAGCAUAUUUUUCAGCAUUUUAAAAACAAAGCACUUACAAUUUAGGAAACAAAUCUGCAUCUACAGUUCUGGAAUACAGGGUGUAAGGGGAAGAAGAGCACAAAUGACAUUUCCACUUCAGAAGAAUGACUUGAAUCAAAUUACAUGUUUUGUCAGUAACACUUGGAAAACAGCCUUACAGAGAGCAUAAAAAAAUAAAACAAAUACGUUUCCUUGCUGAACUAUUAUUCAGUCAGAUGAUUAUGUCAUUGUUCAUAUUUUUGAGAUCCAUGGGUUUUUCCUUUCACUACAUGUAAACACUUACUGCAUUAGUGGGUGAAAUUAAAUUGAGGGAACUACUUGAAUUAUUUGUAAGACAAAGCAUUAUUUGGAGAAUUCAGAAAGUGCCAGCAAAUGGUCUAUGCAAUUUUGUUCUUGCAAUAACACAAGAUAGAAAAACGUAGUAUUUGUAUAAGUUCUGUGUAAAAUAUGUUAAUUUGCUAAUAGCUUUAUAUUUUAAUUUGGCAACACAUAUGCUGAUUUGCUUCUUACUGGGAUUCAUAUAAAAAUAACUAAUGCAAAAUGCUGUAGAAGUCAUGAAGGCCUCUCUGUGUCUCAGAUCCCUUCACUAUACAACAGAAAUAUGUUGUUAUAUUUUAUGAUAGCAAUUGUUUGUUCUACUGCCUGUACUGUCAUAUUCAUUUAAAUCCUUUUUAUUUUAGGACAUGCUAAUUCAACAAGGCAAUCUGUUGUGCCAGCUGGAUUAGUAAAAAGAAAAAAAAGUGUCUUCAGAUUGUCUGACACAAGGAACUAUUUGGGCAGUGGGAAAAAAAUCCUUUUAUGCAGCCCACAGAUUUCAAUUAAGAGGAAUAUUUCAUUUCCAUCUGCACCUGUUGACUGGUAUUUCUGAUCCUGUCAGACUGGGACUCCAUCACAAACAGAGAAAGUAAAAUUGUUAUUACUUUUUAGAUUAGGACUUUGGAUACAAAAUAAAUGCCCACCAGAGUUGACAAACCAUUUAUUGGUCUUGUAAAGAAACACAACUGCAGACCCGUUCCACUGUAUGGUGUUGCACUGAACCCAAAUAAAUUGUUUGCACACCUCUGGGUAGCAAGAUUUGUAUUUAGUAGUCUGUUGUUUAAACCUCAUGGGUUUUUAAUUCCUUUUAUGCCAUUUUUUGUAUAUACUCUAUGAUUUUACUAUCCAGGAAGGAGCUAUCACACAGUGCCUUGGUGUCUAUUUACAGAAGGAUUUUAACCCAUAGUGUUAGUAAACCACAAAUAUCCACCUUUUGGAAAAAAAAAGUGUUCAUCAUCCUUAAAACAGAAGAAUCAGGACAAAAUACUAACUUUUUUAAAACUUGCUGCUUUGGCUCUGGUGAGCAAGGGAAGAAAACCAGCACUCAGAUGAGAUGCCCAGGUACACACAAAAAUGAGGGCUGAGAAAGAGUCCCCCAUUAACAUUUUUCACUAAUAUUGUGGUAAAGCCCAGGGCAGUCCCUGCUUCAGGGGCUGCCUUUGCAAUUUCUCAGAGAGUCUGAAACUGCCCUUCUGCAGCAGGACACAGCCCUCAGUAAUUAAUGCUCAAAGAGCUUCAGUAGUGCAAGCAGGGAACACUUAAGGUGAGCUUAAGCAAGUGAAGGUUUCACAUGUUACCUGGACAGUGCUCCAAUUGCUGUUACACUGCCUAAAGGAGAUGUAGGAAGCCACACAUCUUCUAUAUCUGAAAUCCCUUUUCUUGGGCUUAGAAUCACUCACUCCUGUCUUCAGGAGUGAGUCCAGGGCUGUUGGCCAUAAGGAGAGAGAUGUUUGUUUCCACAGCUGUAUCUCUUGACUGUAUCUGUCUCUACAGCUAAGCUCUCAGCUGAGGCACUCUUCAACACUUUAACAGAAACGUGUCUUCAGUAUUUCUUUAAAGUCAGUUUAGGUGGUCCCAGCUCUGUGCACAAGCUUUUACAAACCAAAAUACAAGCAGACUUGGCUUAUUCAUUGGAUAGAAAGUAUUAGUACUAAAAUAAAAGUCAGCAAAUAUCCUUACAUGUGCCAAUUACCUAAAAACUUCUGCUACAAUGAGCUUGGAGAACUGUAAUGUCACCAGUCUCUUACAGGUGCAGUAUUAACAGCAAAAUGGGGACUUGAGUCCUUAAAAAUUUGAACCAUUUUCUGACAUCAAGGAACAUAUGCCCACUUCCCUGGAGUAUCAAACAAAUAAUUCACCUAAUCUAACCCCUCAAUAUUAGCCAGAUACUGCAAAAUAGUUCAAAUCUGCUUGUUCUGCUGACAAUAGAAGCACAGCACUUUGAAGCUACGCAUUUUAAGCUUUUGUUUUGGAGGCACAUUUUCAAAUGUGAUUUGCCAGUUAAUUCACAGCAAGGGAUUGAACUGAGGCUUUCCAGGCAAGAAUAACUGACCCUACAGAGCUAUGAAAAUCAGGGUGCAGUCCCCUGGCUGGUAACACUGUUAAGUAGGAUGGCACUUCAUUUAGGCACUGCAGUAACUACCACCUUUCUUGUAGAGAUAAAUCUUCUGCACCUGCUUCAUUUCACAGGUGGAUUCUGAGUAGUACCAAAACCUAAAGAGAUCUGCUGUACCCUCAGCACUGCCAUCACCCAGAUCACCAAUGUGAUCCUUUUCAUUGCUUAAAUUGCAUUCUAUUUUCAUUAUGCUACAACACUGACAUCAGAAGUAUUUUUCCAGUAUAGAAGUUGUGCACAUUUUGGCAACAUCUUGUCACUAUUUUUUUUCUCCUAGGUGUGGUUAGCAGAGAAACAAAAUGUGUGCUAAAAUUACCAGUGUAAUCAGCUGAUGCUAUAAUUUUAAUUGGUGUUAAUCUCAACAUAGUUAAUUCAAAAUUACUGUUUCUACUUGAAUCAAACUUCAGUAAAUAGAGUAACAGAAAAUGAUGGCACAGGGAAGUGAGAGUAUACAGCUCUGUAGUUUAUUUCCAAAAGUAUUAUCCAGAGAAGAGAAAAAAAGCACUACCAGCAUAGCUGAUUUGUUUGCAUAUUUACUCCCUCAAAAAGAAUUAUUUACAGCAGUUCUGGCAACUGGUUGCAAUUGUAACACAGUGGAAAAGUGAUAGAAAAACUUCACUGGUGAUUGCCCAAACAAGAGCUUUUUUUUCCAUUUCACAGUCCUUUAGUAUUUGCAUUUGUCUAUCUUUAUAUAGCUUUAUGCAAAAGGAAAUUGCAAGAAUUGGAAACUGAGUCCUUGAAUAAACUUUAUACAUUUUGAACAGUCUGCUUCUGCUUUUGUAUUCAAAUGAAACACAGGGUAAAUUAAUGCUUUCAUGUUAAAAACAAACUUAUUUUUCCAAGACUAAGAAUGUGAAAUGUACUUUAUUUAAAAUAUGAACAAAAGUCUUGGUCCCAACUGAAAAUGUACUUCGCAGAAUUUACAAAAUGCUUUACAAUUAGGUUUCAUUUGACAUCUAGAAUUCCUUUAUCUUAAUCAGUAGUAGGUGAAAGUAAACAAAGAAAUUAUGGUAGUGCUACUGAAUUAAUCAUCCAGAAAACAAACUGAAGGUAAACAGUUUUGAUUAAAAAUUCAUUGACAAAUCCCUUCGUGUGAAAAAAAUGUGUGCCUUCUUCAAAUGAAAACAUUUACUUUGGCUGCCAAGUUUAGUUAUUUUUUAACUAUUCGUUCUGCCUUUGUUUCCUGAGACCAGUCCAAUCUUUCUCAGAGUUUAGAUCCAGCACCAGAAAAUCUCAAAGAUGGUACUACCCUCCUCUACUUUAAUUGGAGAAAUUGCAAUAGAUUUAAAUACAGCCUUGUUUAAAGCAACCCAAGUAGACCAGUAGCAAGGGAAUGCAAUCGUAUUUUAAAUCCUGUUUCACAAAUCAUUACAGUAACUUCACUGUAAUGAUAAUGAUUUGAAUACAAAUAGUGGAAAAUUGCAUUUUUUUACAUGAUUAAAACAUUUAUUUUUCUUCUGGUAGUCAGCCGCACAAAAAUCUAUUUUCCUUAACAACAACAACAACAACAAAAGUAUUUUUCUUGUUACUAAUUGCUGAGGCAAGUGUCCCGUGCUUUUUGGAAUAGCUGCAUAUGCCAUUGUUAGAGAGAAAAGCUUUUAAAGCACAAGAUAGUAAGAAGCCUAUCCAGGCUUAUUCCAACUGCAGUUCCGUUGAUUUAAGCUGCCCAAUGUAUGGUUAAAUCAGCUUCCUAUACCACUGACAUUUGUUAAACUCCUCAACUGUAAUUUUGGGAGACGAGAACUGAAGCUUUUCCUAGAUAAACUGCUGGUACCGUGGAAGGUAGGAGAUAAACCUGAAUUAGACAUUUUCUCCAAUGAGAACUCAUUUAAUGUGCAGAAUUACUUGUUAAAUGUAUUUCUGUGGAAUCUACAUGCUAAUAUUUACUUCUACAGACCCUUACUACAGAAUCAUCACAUCCUAACUGUUCUAAGCUUCCAUAUACCUGACUUAGACACAUUGCCAAAUCUCCCAGCUGUGCCAAAAGGAAGAAUCAAUUAAGAUUUUAUUUAUUUGUUUUUAUUUUUAAUCAGAAAUUAAAUGGCACUUUAAAAAUCAUGUUCUGUCAGAAUACAGUUUCCUAGUCUCACAAAGUCUCUUUAUUUAGGCUAGCUGUUACAGUGAGUUAAGCAAAUAAGAAACUAGGAGACGUCCGACUGAGACACCACUCUUGCCUGUCUCUCUGCAGGCAAAUGUAAAUUUUAUUGUUAGUUUCAAUUCAGGAAUAAUAGAAUUAAUUAGUUUUUCAGUGUCAUUCAAGUUUUCUUUCUCAGCUUGGCUCAGUGUUUAAAAUUGCUUCAGACCAUUAGCUUCCUAAGAACUGGGACCCUUUUUGUUCUCAGUGUCACCUCUCAGCAGUAUAUAAAAAAAAAAAAAACAAAAUAAAAAUUAGUUUAGUGGUUCUACACAGCCAUUUUAACAGUUCAUAAUAAUAAUUAUGAAUAAUUAUUUUGCUGGUAAGGCAACAUAGGCUGCUUAUAAAACACAGUUUUACACUUUGAAGAUUUUCUUCCUCAAGAUCUCACGUAAAAACAGGAAAGUGUUCAUGGUGCUCCUGUUAAACUUUUGCAUGCUUCCAUGAGACCUUAUGUUUUAGCUCCAUUUAAAAUGAAAAGCAUGAGAACUGUUUCCUUUUCAAGUAUUUUGCUUACCCUGAAUACUGUUCAUCUGACUUGAUGCAUGAAGCCAAAAAACACAAAGGAAUCUAUCUGAAAAAUACGGGGAGUUAACUAAACAGAUUUAUUUCAUGGCACACCAGGAUUUGUGUUUUACUUACAUGCUAUUUAUUGCAAAACAUCAGCAAAAUGUACAAUUUCUUUGAGAAAACUGCAAACAUUUGCCAUUGCAAAAAAAAAGUUUCCUUUUCAAUAGUAUUUUAAUAUUUGUACAAUUAUUUAGAAUUAAUUUUAAAAAAAGAUUGUGUAUUUACCUAUAUAAAAGCUUCAAAUAAUAGUUAAAGUUAGCUUACAUUAUAAAACCAAAACACAUCGGACUGAAAUAUAUGUUUGCAUUUUUCUUUAUUAAAUGUAUGGCACUUAAUUUAAUAGCAGAAUUAAUAAUAAUAAUAAUCGGGCUCCACAAUCAGAAGCAGUAUCACUUUCCAAAUGUCACAUUUCUUGAACAAGGCCUUUAUAAUUUACUCAGGCAGACCUCACCAUGACUUUUUAUUUUUAGAUUACAACACUAUCACAGAUGUAUCAGCCCUGCAAGCUUGAUGUUGUUUAUUUGUAUUCAGUAAGUUAAAUUGCAGAUUCAUUGUGCUGUCAAGUACACAGGUGUAACAGCAUGCCACUGGAAAAUGUCUGACAUUUAUGUUUAAUGUGGCUGAUCCAGCAAAGAAAAAUCCUUCCAUUUAGCAUUAUCCUUUCAUUUUUUAUUUUUAAUUUUUUUUUACAAAAAACUAAUGUUCAACAUACUGCAUGACAUUACCAAAAGUAUUACAAACUAUAAAAGAAAGACUGUGAACUAAUAAUCAGAUUUCUCGAGGGCUGUAGUGAAUAAUAAAAUAAAACCAGCAUUACAUUGCAGCACCUUGAAACAUGUAACAAAAAACAGUGCUUUGUGUACACCAAAAUGAGUUACUGAAUUGUACUAUUACCAAUGUUUGUGGAAAAAUACAUAUAUAUGUACAACAAAAAGGCACACACACGGGGAAAAAAGGAACUCAAGCAUUUAGGCAUCUGAAAACUGAGUUUUGGUGUUCCAAAAAAAAUCAUAAAACACCAUAUAAUAAUGUUCACAGAUUUUUAUAUCAUCCACAUGCUUUAUCAUGAAACAAAAAAUGACAGGCUCUAAAAAGAAAGUAAAUUAAAUACUUCAUUAUUUUAUAAUAAAGUGAAUGCAAUCAAUGCAUGACAUGACAUGGCAUGUUAAAUCAAGUAUCAUUAUUCAGCAUUAAAAUAACUGUACCAGUUUACAGAUACUAAACUACCCUUUAAAUGUUUACAGUGUGAUGCUGCAACAAAUUUAUAAUCAGAUCCAGCUGAUAAGAAUAUUACUAUGAGUGACAUGAGUGUCCACAGAAUCCAAAAGUAUACAGAUAUGCUUUGGAGCAGUAUCUCCAAAGUUAUUUUAGCUUCCACCCCAUUUCCCAUUUCAUUGUAUAUCCAGUCUUAAGUACAUUGAAAACUGACAUUAUCCUUUCAGAAACAUUACAUUAAAUGAAA